AGUUUGUUCCUAGAAGUGCCAGCAUGGAUGACCGUGACCCAGCCUCAGGCUGCCUGCAUGAGAAAAAGAAGCUGCCAGCUUUCACCUGGGAAGUGAGGGCCAACAACAGAAGUUACCAUAUGCAGUUCAAGAAGAAAUUUGCCUUCUGCUUGACCAAGAAGAAGUAUGCGGGCAAUGCCAUUAAGACAGCCAAGUACAACAUCCUGACCUUCCUGCCGCUGAACCUUUAUGAGCAGUUCCACCGAAUGGCCAAUGUCUACUUUGUCUUUGUCAUCCUCUUACAGACCAUUCCUGAGAUCUCCACGCUGCCCUGGUACACCCUGCUGUUCCCCCUGAGCUGUCUUCUCACCAUCCGAGCCCUACGAGACCUGAUCGAUGACAUUGGCCGUCACCAAAGUGACAGAAACAUCAACAACAGGCCAUGUGAAAUCCUGUCUGGGAAGAGCUUCCGCUGGCAGAAAUGGUGUGACAUCUGCGUUGGGGACAUCGUCCGCCUGCGCAAGGAAAGCUUCGUCCCGGCCGACAUGCUCUUGCUGUGCAGCUCUGAGCCCAGCAGCCUGUGCUACGUGGAGACCGCCGACAUCGAUGGGGAAACGAACCUGAAGUUCAGGCAGGCCCUUCCAGUCACCCACCGGGAGCUGACGAGCGAGGGCAGCGUGGCCGCCUUUGACGGGAGGGUGACCUGUGAGGAGCCCAACAGCCGCAUGCACAGCUUCACCGGCACGCUGCAGUGGCGGGGUGAGACGUACUCGCUUGACAGUGAAAGGAUCUUGCUGCGAGGCUGCAAGCUUCGCAACACCAACUUUUGCUACGGCUUAGUCAUCUACGCAGGAUUUGAUUCCAAAAUUAUGAGGAACUGUGGAAAGAUCAAGCGGAAGAAAACCAAGCUGGACCGCAUGAUGGACCGGCUGGUGAUCAUAAUCUUCCUGGUGCUGUUGGCCAUGUCAUUGUGCCUCGCCAUUGCCUCCGGGUUCUGGGCCAAGACGUUCCAGGAGAAGCACACCUACCUCUCUGCUCUCUACAAACACACUGCUCCUGCCAAGCAGGCCUUCUUCAGCUUCUGGGGAUUCGCAAUCCUCCUGAGCAUCAUCAUACCCAUGUCCAUGUAUAUAACGUUUGAAUUCAUCUAUCUGGUGAACAGCUUCUUUAUCAACUGGGACUUGGAAAUGUAUUAUGCUGUCAAGGACAUUCCAGCAAAGGCCAGAAGCACCAGCCUCAAUGACCAGCUUGGCCAGAUUGAAUACAUCUUCUCAGACAAGACUGGCACCUUGACACAAAAUAUUAUGAGCUUCAAGAAAUGCUGCAUUAAUGGGACUGUCUACGGUUUGGGUACGGGCCGUGAGAACAAACAGCCAUUGGGGUCAGGGCUGACCUGGAGCCACCGUGGGGAGAAGAUGUCGGACUCCAACGAUGUGGCACUACUGGAAGCUGCUCGGCGAGACAGUGACCCUGUGCUGAGGGAGUUCCUGCGGUUGCUGGCCCUCUGCCACACCGUCAUGGUGGAGGAGAGAGGCGACCAGCUAGUUUAUCAGGCGGCUUCACCAGAUGAAGAAGCACUGGUGCUGGCAGCCAGGGACUUGGGAUAUGUCUUCCUAUCCCGAACACAAGACACCAUCACCAUCAGUGAGCUGGGAGUGAAGAGGACCUACGAAGUGCUGGCCAUGCUGGACUUCAACAGUGAUCGCAAGAGGAUGUCUGUCCUGGUGCGAGACCCCCAGGGCACAAUCCGGCUCUACACCAAAGGGGCUGACACCGUGAUCCUGGAGCGACUGCGCAGCCGAGGGCCCAGUGAGACCUUCACCGAGAGGGCGCUGGAUCGCUUUGCAGAGGAGACCCUGAGGACUUUAUGCCUGGCCAGCAAGGUGGUGAGUGAGGCUGAGUACUGCGAGUGGAGCCGGAGGCACCAGGAGGCCAGCAUCCUGUUGCAGGACCGCGUGUGGCAGCUGGACAGCCUGUACGAAGAGAUGGAGCAGAACCUGGAGCUGCUUGGGGUCACAGCCAUUGAGGACAAGUUGCAAGAUGGAGUUCCUGAGACCAUCCAGCUGCUGAAACUGGGCAACAUUAAAGUGUGGGUGCUGACGGGAGACAAACAAGAGACAGCAAUGAACAUCGGCUAUGCAUGCAAGCUGCUCACAGAUGACAUGGAGAUCCUGGAGGAGAAGGAAGUAAGCGAGAUCCUCGAGGCUCACAGGGUGACAAACAGCCGCAGCAGCAGCAGGAAAGCCCCCGGUAGCGGCCGCCUCUCCCAGCAGCACCCAGGGACUUCAUGCCACAAGAAGAGAGCUCUCAUCAUCAGUGGGGACUUCCUGGACAAAAUCCUUCACACGGGAGAGGUGCUGAUGAAGAAGGAGGGGCGGCUGUGGCAGUGGCUGCCUUGCCGUGGGGCCACGGACCCGCAGGAGCAGGGCAGCCUGGUGGAGAAGGCCUUCGUGGACCUGGCCACCAGCUGCCAGGCCGUGAUCUGCUGCAGGGUCACCCCCAAGCAGAAGGCCCUCAUCGUGCAGCUGGUGAAGAAGCACAAGAAGGCCACCACGCUGGCCAUCGGGGAUGGGGCCAACGAUGUCAACAUGAUCAAAACUGCUGACAUUGGGGUGGGCAUCAGCGGGCUGGAGGGCAUGCAAGCCGUGCAGUGCAGCGACUACGCCCUGGCACAGUUCUCCUACCUGCAGCGCCUCCUGCUCGUCCACGGCCGCUGGGCUUAUCUCCGCAUCUGCAAGUUCCUCCGCUACUUCUUCUACAAGACUUUUGCCGGUCUCAUGGCCCAGGUCUGGUUCGCUUUCCACAGCGGAUUCACGGCUCAGCCUCUGUAUGAGGGCUGGUUCCUUGCGCUCUACAACGUCUUCUACACUGCCCACCCUGUGCUUUCUGUGGGCAUUCUGGAGCAGGACGUGAGUGCCAAGAAGAGCCUGGAGUUCCCUGAGCUCUAUGCCAUCGGGCAGCAAGAUGAGCUCUUCAACUACCGCAUCUUUGGCGUGACGCUCCUGCAUGGUGUCAGCACCUCACUUGCCAGCUUCUAUAUCGCACUCUGGGCCUUCAAGGACUGUGUCGGCAGCAAAGUUGUGGGUGACUACGAGUCCUUUUCGGUCACGGUGGCCACCUCGGCUUUGCUGUCAGUCCUCGUGGAGAUCAUCCUGGACACCAAGCACUGGACGGCGUUGUCCUUCCUGAUGGUCACAGCCAGCCUGCUGCUCUUCUGCCUCUUCUCCUACUUGACGCAGAGCAUCGAUGCCUUCAGGAUAGCCCCUGCCAUCUUCCGCUUCCCAGAUGCCAGCCAGAACGCCCUGACAGAUCCCUACGUCCUGCUCGUGGUCCUGCUGUCCCUGGUGGUGAACACCGUUCCCUCGCUCACCGUCCGCUCGUACCACGCCAUCACAGGCAGACGCAGCAUCCAGCAGAAGAUCUGCUCAAAGGCCAGGCGUGAGCCGGAGCCCUCAGUGGAGCUGCGUGCCCAUGUCCACCGUGGCUCUUUCCGCCGCCGCUCCAGCUAUGCCUUCUCCCACCAGGAGGGCUACGCCGGCCUCAUCACCCGCGGGGACAGCCUGCGCACCAAGGGCACCCGUGCCACCGGGGGUCUCCAUCCCCAGGGAGCAGCCCCACCUUCACCCUCCUGCCAUGGCCCCUCGCCAUAGCCAACCUGGCCAUGUCCUGCUGGGGCAGGGGGGCUUCCUUCUCCUGGGGGCUUUUUAAUCCAAGUUGGAUGGGUUUGUUGCAUGGGCAGCCCCUGUGGUCUGCUGCAGGACCCUGGGGCUUGUCCCAUCAGCAGCUCCAUCUCCUGCACCAACUCCGUGGCUUCACCGGAGCCUGGAAAACUGUGAAAAGUAGUCAUCAGCUGGUGGACCGUGCAGGUGUUCUUUUCUUACCCCUCCACAUCUUUGCAAUCUCCGCAUGAGAUGCACACAGCAGUGCCUCAGCCCACAGCAGUGCUGUGCCCUUCGUGCCAUGUCCCGUCCCAUCCCUGCCACAUCCUGCUCCCCAGGACCGAUGUCCCCAUCCUGGGGACAGCUGUGGCCCCACAAUGUUUGCUGCAAAACCUCCAAAGCUCCCAGCAGAGCUGGUGUGGCCAGGGACCAUGCACAGCCCAAGGGAUGCUGCAGAGCAGGCACCUGCGUGCAUGUCCUGAAGUGCCACCGCUCAGGGACAGCAGCAGCUGCUGGGAAAGUGUGUGAACAACUGACUGGUGACUGGAUCACCUCGUUUUUUAUUCUUAUUUUUUAAUUAAAAGGACUCUGGCUUUCCUCUCCUCUCCUAUAACUCUCUGCUGUGCUACCAGCAAAUUUUCUAGGAAGAAAGCUGCGAAGUAAGGGGCUGCAGGUGUCCCUUGGUGUGUGCAGGCAGCUCUCUGGCACUCACCAAUGCUUGUGCCAUGGCACAAUGCAUGGUAGGAAGAGAUAAUCAAGUAAAUAUCAAAAAAUAUCAGCCUUAGGGUUUUGGACCUGCUUCCAGCACACGACUUGAUGUGUUUGUUUAACAAGUGCUUUGGUCUCAUCUGCACUGAAUUUAUGAGAAUUAAAGUGUUUCCUUUGGGCUCUGGCCAGGAGGGUGCUGGGUCGUGCCAAGAGAGAAAUAAAUGGAUCUGAGGCUUUCUGUGGGAAAGCUCUUGCCCCUGCAGGUAUGUGCUGGGAAAUCCCAGGGAGCAACUUCUCCCAGUUGGUUGGGGAUGCUCCCCAAAUCUGCACCCAGAUGCUCAUGGAGGGCAGUUGGGCUGCCUGAUAUGGGGCUGGGCUGGGUUCUCCUGGGCCAAGCUCUGUGUUCCUCGCUGACAUCGAUCCCUCUCCUCUGCGGAGCAUGGAGCAGUCAGAAGGGAACCGACCCAUGUGCUUCACUGCACAAGUGCAAGGAAAAGCAACAAAAGAAUGUAGAAAAGGAACACAGGUUUCCCUCCCCAGGCGGGAUGAAAAAUUCCCCCAUGUGCAAAUUGCUGAAAGCAAAAAGGAUUCACUCCCUGCCCAUCUCUGAGUGUGGACACAUGUAAGUGCUCCAGCAAAUCGUCCCGGGGGCUGUGGGUGCAGCCUCGGCAGCAUGACCAGGACCCUUGUGCCAGUGCGGGACACGCACACCAGGGUGAAUGACUAGAAAAUAAUUUAUUGAAGAAACAGAAAGCUGCAGAAAUACAACACAGUCAUGACGAGUAGAGGAUGAACAAAUAGAGAUUUUUUUUCUCUUUUAAAACCUGUUGACAGGCUGGAGUAAAGUUUCCUGGUAAUUUCCCCUGCAUAAGUCAUUGCAAAGAACAAGGAACAAACUCCAGAGCACACAGCACAGUUUGGAUAA